ACACGCAACGGGGCGGAGGGUAGAGGAAAAAACCCGACCAAACCGCGCCGGAGCGUCUUGAAACCCGCCGUGCUGCCGCAGGAGGCCGGCGGGGCCUGAGGGGGACGGCCAGGGCAGGCCCGGUGGCGCGGCGCCUCCGCCAGCCGCCGCGCCCCCCGCGGGGCCAUGGGGAGGAUCGGGCUGCAGCUGCGCGCCACGCUGGAGAACAUCACCCGGCUGCGGGCCGAGGGGGAGGACUUCCACUGGUACCUCAAGCUGAAAUGCGGGAACUGUGGUGAAAUUUCUGAAAAAUGGCAGUGCCUGCGAUUGAUGGACAGUGCUCCCCUGAAAGGAGGCAGAGGAAGUGCCACUAUGGUGCAGAAAUGCAAGCUGUGCUCCAGGGAGAACUCCAUUGAUAUUUUAAGUCAGACAAUCAAGCCUUACAACGCUGAAGACAGCGAGAAAUUCAAAACGAUAGUGGAGUUUGAAUGCCGAGGUCUGGAACCAGUUGACUUCCAACCACAGGCGAGGUUUGCUGCUGAAGGUGCAGAAUCCGGUACACCUUUCAAUGACAUAAACUUGUUAGAAAAGGAUUGGAAUGACUACGAUGAAAAAACAAAGGAAUCUGUUGGAAUCUAUGAAGUUACCCAUAAAUUUAUAAAAUGCUAAAGUGCAUACCCCUAAUAAAUCUUAACAUGCUUAUUGAUGAAGGAGCUGUAACCAUCAGAGACGCAGUUUCCUCGGAGUACUUUUCGCAUGGCUAUACUUCAGAAAUGGAAACCUAAGUUGUACUUAUUGUCCCCAGCAUGCCCUAAUAAAAUAUUUUUCACAGA